GUCACUCGCGCUUGCGGAAGUACUUUGGACGUCGAGCAACGGCGACGUUGAAAAUCUAGCAAAACAAACAACAGUGACAAGUACAAUUGUUCGUUGUAACAUUGACGUAAGACAGCAACUACAUUAAUGGUGUAACUCUGAAGCUCUUUCUAAUAUAAAGGUGUGACUAAACAGCAAUUUGCGCAUGCGCCACUAAGAACCGGGUUGUUCUUCAAUUGUUGUUUCGUUGAGCAAAGCUAGUUAGCAUGGAAGCUAUCAAGCUAUGGUUGGCUGUCGGUUGUUGUGAAGUCUGAAUGAUAUUGAAAAUACAGAACAGCAUUUUUUUCCCAGUUACUUGGACUUUCGCCACUUAGCAACGCGGGCGUUUGCGUCGCCGUUUUUUUUUUUUUCAGAAACCGCCAUGUGCUCUCUUUGAAUAAACAAACAGCGUCAUGUAUGGCUGCGUAUUAUUUUUUAAGAUUUGCUCAAUUGUUGAAGAAAGGACUGCCCAGCAGACGCGUCAGGACAAACACCUUACUGGUGGUGUCAGCUCAAGUUGUAUUAAUGGCUGAACUGAUAGACCUUGAGCCUUUAGCAAAGAGGCUCAGGGUUGGAACCAGUGCACCAGCGUCCCCUCCAUCUUUUCUCCAAGGUCCAUCCUUUUGUAGUAAGAGCAAAGACAAUGAGCCAGUAGACGAAGAAAAGAGUGAAAGCAACACAGAGAUGAAGACGGAUCUACAGCCCAAGACCGCAGACGGUGGUUUGCGACGUGCAAAGCAGAACGCUCCUCAUCAAAGACUCGGCCCCGGGCAGCAACAGAAGUUGGUCAACACACUUGAAGAAUGGUUGGUUAAGCCCACAAACAACCCCAAUACACCUGGAGUGUGUCAGACCGAAGAUGAUGAUGAUGAUGAUGGUGACUUUCAAAGCACCUCAGCUCAGUUUGUGCACUGCCAAGAUGCUGGAAAACCUACAGAUUCCGACAUGGAUGAAGAAACUCAACCCUUGACCCCACAAGACCUGGAGGAAGACAGUCCGGUGUCACCGGCCUCCGAGCAUUCUGCAGUGAGUGGGCCCACGCAGACACUGCGCCGCAAUGAUGAUGGAUUAGAAGAAAGAGAAAUGGAAAUGGAGACUUCCGUCAGACACAAUACCAAAAUAACAGAUUUCUAUUCAGGAACCUCAUCGCCGCGUCUACCUGUGAGACGGGUCAAACCAGAUGAGUCUCAAGACGCAGACGAGGAAACUCCAUCUGCUGAUGUUAAAUGGCUGGGGACGCCAAUCAGUGAGCUGAAGAGAAUGCCUGAAUGUGGCAGACCGCUUCCUCCACUGAGAGAUAUCCCUGGCCAGCACACUGUGAUGAUCAGGACAGACCUUCUUCACAGUGGUAAAGCUCCUGUUCCAUAUCCGGCACAGUUUAAGGAUACAUGGGACACUGUCCAUGUCAAGAUGCCCUGUUCCAGCAGUAAUCUGUUUCCUGUGGAAGAUGAGAAAACACGAGAACUACAGAUUAAGAGUCGCUGGCAGUUGAUCAAGGAAACUUUAAACAAGGAAUUUACAAAUCCACUUGACUUCAAGAAUGCAAUAUUGAAAUACAGUCCUUCACACGCCAAGAAUUGGGACUUCACAGCAAUACAUUUGUAUUUCACUGAGGUCCUGGAGCCGGACGCUGCCGAACAUCUGUUUGACUCCCAGCUGCCAGACAUGGUGCAAUUAGCACUGAGAGCACCUGAGCUCUGUACCAAGCCGAUCCCCCUCCUCAAGAGAGGCAUGGACCACUCCAUCACCAUGUCUCAGGAGCAGGUGGCAUGUCUGCUCGCCAAUGCCGUCUUCUGCACCUUCCCGCGGCGCAACUCUAGGAGAAAUGAGUACUACAACUACCCAGACAUCAACUUUGUCAGGCUGUUUGAGGGAUCCUCUUCAAAGAAGAUCGAGAAGCUGAAAACCCUGAUGUGCUAUUUCAAAAGUGUCACUGAGCAAAAGCCCAGUGGACUCGUAACAUUCACACGACAGAGUUUGAAUAAACCCCCUACUUGGAAAAGCUCACAGACUCAUCUCACAAAGCUCCACAUCACUUUUGAAGGAACCAUUGAGGAUGAUGGUUAUGGAAUGCUUCAGGUGGAUUUUGCCAAUCAGUUUGUGGGAGGAGGAGUCACCAGCUCUGGUCUGGUUCAGGAGGAAAUCCGUUUCCUGAUCAAUCCAGAGCUCAUUGCCUCCCGCCUCUUCACUGAAGCCCUGGACCACAACGAAUGUUUGAUCAUCACAGGUACACAGCAGUACAGCAAAUACACAGGCUAUGCCCAGACCUACCAAUGGGGCGGCAGCCACCAAGACACAACUCCAAGAGACGGCUGGCAGAGAAGAUGCACAGAGAUAGUCGCCAUCGAUGCGCUGCGUUUCAGCAAUUUUCUGGAACAGUUUCACCCCGACAAAAUCAACCGAGAACUCAACAAGGCCUUCUGUGGCUUCGGUCGCCCGGAGGAAGAAAGCCGAAACCUUGCGGCAGUGGCUACAGGGAACUGGGGCUGUGGGGCCUUCGGAGGUGACACGCGUCUUAAAGCUCUGCUCCAGAUGCUGGCAGCUGCUGAGGCGGGCCGGGACGUUGCCUAUUUCACCUUCGGUGACAACCAGCUCAUGACAGAUGUCCACAACAUGCACUCAUUCCUCACUCAGAGGAACACGACUGUCGGGGAAGUGUAUGAUCUCCUGGGGCAGUACUUCAGCUCGGUGUGCAAGAGCUGCCUCCGCGGGCGCCCUGACGUCAGCCUCUACUCCUUCAUCUACCAACAGGUCAGCUCCUCCCUGGCGCCCGAUGAUUCCGACAGGCGCUCUGCCAGACAACAUGUCCCCACAGACUGCCGUUAAGGUCAGGUGGCUGAUGAGUCACCGCUCCCGUCUUCGGGAAAAAAUGAAAACACUUGCCCGGAUUAAGAUAUUCUCAGCCUCUUUUCUUUUGGUUUGACAAACUUUGAAUUUUCAGUACUAAAUCUGGUCUCCGCCACUCGAAGUGAAACUCUGGCAUGUAGAUCAUUUUGGAAACAACUGAAAUUCAGGAGUUGAUUAGUUGUGACCCUGUUGUCGCUGGAGUCCAAGCCGUGUUCAUUUUGCUGCUGCCGGUAAUACGCCAAUGUAUUGAGCUUCAAUAUGACGCAAUUGUGAUUUUAAUAGUGAAGCAAAGGUUGCCAUCCAUCUUCAGACUUUGUCAUGUUGCCUUUUUUUACACCCACACAUAUCCAGCCUAAUUGAAUUGGCUGUCAGAAAUCGAGUUAAAGGGAAAAAUAAUAUAAGAACGGGGUUUGGAAAGCUGGAAGCGGGCUCUGGAAAGGGGUUUGAUUUAAAAAGCAGCUCAGCUCUUGGUGAAGUAAUUUCUUAUCCCCUGCAUUUAAAGCAAAAUUCAUGUUACAAUCUUGGGUCUGUGAAUAAAUUGGUUCCUUGGUCUGUGUGAUAAACAUCCCAGUUGCACUUAAAAUAUGAUUUUUUUUUUUUGGAUUCUGUAUUCUACAACUGAUUUCAGAGUAAAAUCUUUUGUAUACCUACACAUGAAUGAAUAUUGAGAAUUUUUUCUGGUUUUGGUUUUCUCAAUAAAAAUCAAUUUAAUGUAA